AAUGUAGACGGGACGUUUCCGUGCUGUCGGCUGAUUGCGACAUUUCCGAGUGCACCUAAAUGCAGCCUGAAUGAAACCUCUCAUGUCAACGGGGGAAGCGAAAUUAGCCGUUAGCCGUGUGCUCUGAUCGAAGCUAACAGUUAAACACCCAGUGGAACAGGAAGCUGACACGUUAGCACCCAGUGGAACAGGGAUUGUCACAUGGAUCCUCCUCGGCAAUCUAAGAAUGCUCACAUGAAUCGAGAGCCGAAGCGCAAACAGGAUCAGGCAAGCACCCCUCCUCAGAAAGAUGCUUAUGCCAGACUUCUGAGCCAGCACCGCAGCAGCAAGUUCAAUUCGUAUCUGGAACAAUAUUCAAAGGACUUGUCAUUUCAAAGGGAAGGACAUUUGCCAAGCACCCUGGUCAAAGCCCAGAGUGACAGGCUGAACAUACCACAGCACAAAAGGGACCAAAUGUUUAAUGAUUUCUCUGAUUCAAGUGACUUCUCCCCCUCAUCUUUGAAAAGUAAAGAAGAGGAAAGUUCACUGUCUUUGCACAUGGAGAGGCUGAGUGGUCAUACUGCGCCGCAGGACUGUGAAAGGAAGCAAGAUGUCACUGACAGGCAGCGACGUGGGCCGAGGAGAGACACCACCACCAGCCAAGACGGAGACAUUGAAUCUGGAGAGGAGUUCAGCUCCCUCACACAUAAUGAGUCCAAGAAGCAGCAAAAGAAAAAUAAGGACUUUGUUGCCUUUAAAGAGCCCAAUUUCGAUGGACGUCCUCAGUCCCCAAAGAAAGCUGGCACAAGUGGACAGGAGCAAGAGAAGAUGAAGAAGCCGAAGAAAAAGAAUCUGCCCCAGCACCCAGAAGAAGAGAAGAGCCCAGAAGUGUCUGGAGCUUAUACUUACAUGUCAAGGCCCAAGUCUCCUCAUGGUAAAGACAAGAAAUCGCAGCAAUCCCAAGCUUCAACUACCUAUACUCCAGCAGACAAAAGCAAGAACAAAGGAGGCAAAGGAUCCAAGAAACAAGUGUUUGACUCUUACAUGACAGCAGAGGAAGUUUCCCACGGCCUGAAGAGAGGAGAGCUUAUUCAAGGACAACUAAGAAUCAACCCUAAGAAGUACCAGGAAGCUUUCAUCCCAUCUCCUGAUGACAUGCGGGAUAUAUUUCUGGAUGGGAUUGUAGCUCGCAACAGAGCGUUGAAUGGAGACAUUGUGGUGAUACAAGUCCUACCUCGAGAGCAGUGGAAGGUUGUGAGGUCAGAUACUGACUGUGAUGGUGCCAGUGAGUCAGAGACACAGAAAGAACAUGUGGUGAAAACACCUCAGAAGAAGAAAGAGCACACCUGCAGGCCUGAUGCUACUGUGGGCGAUCACUGUAGGGACCAGGAUGAACUCUUAAGCAAGGUUCAGAAUAUCACCCUCACUGACACAGAUCCGUCCACCCCUCGGCCCAACGGGGAAAUACUCCAAAAGACUGCUAAGGUGGUCUACAUCGUUGAGAAGAAACACUCCAGAGCAGCGACAGGCUUCCUCAAGUUCCUACCAGACAAACCCUUUGUCAUGUUUGCCCCCAUGGACCACCGGGUGCCUCGCAUUAAUGUUCCCCUGGUUGACUGCCCUGCUGACUUUAGUUCCCGCUCGGGUGACUACAUUAACACGCUGUUCAUCUGUCGCAUCACCAACUGGUCACCUGACAGCAACUUCGCAGAAGGAAAACUAGCUAAGACUCUGGGUCAAGCUGGAGAAAUCGAACCAGAGACAGAGGGCAUCCUGACGGAAUAUGAUGUGGAUUUUUCUGAGUUCUCCGAUGAGGUGUUGGGCUGCCUGCCUAAGAACCUGCCCUGGACCAUCCCACCUGAGGAGAUGAGGAAGAGGAAAGACCUGAGGAACGAGUGUAUCUUCACAAUCGACCCUGCCACUGCCAGAGAUUUGGACGAUGCUCUUUCCUGUAAACAACUCCCAGAUGGGAACUUUGAAGUGGGAGUUCACAUUGCUGACGUGAGCUAUUUUGUGGAGGAGGACAAUGCUCUGGAUGCAAUUGCCAGCCGAAGAGCAACUAGUGUGUACCUUGUUCAAAAGGUGAUCCCCAUGUUACCUCGGCUGCUCUGUGAGGAGCUGUGCAGUCUCAACCCUCUCACCGACAGACUCACUUUCUCCGUUAUUUGGAAGAUCACACCCGAGGGGAAGAUCCUGAGUGAGUGGUUUGGCCGCUCAGUGAUCCGCUCCUGUGUGAAAUUGAGUUAUGACCAUGCUCAGAGCAUGAUCAUGGCCCCAGAGAAAAUGUUCUCCGCUGAGGAGCUGCCACCUGUGGACCCUGUGCACCCCAUCGAUGAGAUCCACCAGGCUGUGCUCAACCUGCACACUAUUGCCAAGAACCUCCGAGCUCAACGUUUCUCAGGUGGAGCACUCAGGCUAGACCAGAUGAAACUUUCUUUCACCCUGGAUAAAGAAACCAUGAUGCCUCAGGGCUGCUAUGUUUAUCAAUACAGAGACAGCAACAAGUUGGUGGAAGAGUUCAUGCUGCUGGCAAACAUCGCCACCGCCCACCACAUCUACCGCAAAUUUCCGGAGCUGGCCCUGCUCAGGCGCCACCCUCCACCAAAAGCCAAGAUGGUAGAUGAGCUUCAGGAGCUGUGUGAGCAGUUGGGCAUCGACCUUGACCUGUCGACUGCAGGAACAUUGAAUAAGAGCCUCAAUACUAGUCUUGGUAAUGAUGGGUACUCCAGUGCCAGAAAAGAAGUCCUCACCCACAUGUGCUCCAGACCCAUGCAGAUGGCGUUGUACUUCUGCACAGGCGUAGUGAAGGACGAGCCGCUUUUUAAGCACUACGCCCUCAACGUUCCUUUCUACACACACUUCACCUCACCCAUCAGGCGCUACGCUGACAUCAUUGUGCACCGGCUGCUGGCUUCUUCCCUGAAGUGUGGGCCUCACUUAGGGCUGUCAACAGAGGAAGUGGGAAAACAGGCAUCACACUGUAAUGACAAGAAGACGGUGUCUAAGAGAGUCCAGGAGCUCAGCUCGGAGCUCUUCUUCGGAGUUUUUGUAAAGGAGUGUGGCCCCCUGGACUCUGAGGCCAUGGUGAUGGGGGUGUUGGAUCAGUCGUUUGAUGUUCUGGUUCUUCGCUACGGAGUACAGAAACGCAUCUACUGCAAGUCUGUUGCGGGCCUGGCCUCAUUUCACCAUCAUAAGGUGGGAAAGAAAUCUGAGCUGACCCUGGUCUGGACACCAGAUGACUUAGAGAAAUCUCCAGUGGAGCAGAUCAUUUCACUCUUCACUCUGGUGGAGGUGCAGCUCCAAACCGACAGCGCACCGAUGAAAUACAGCGCAGUGCUCAAGAGGCCCGAUGACAACGCACCAUAAAUACAGGGAUGCGCCCUGGUGCACACACACACUUAAACAGAAGUUUGGGAUUGCAUUUUUUCUUUUUGUUGAUUCAUAUUCUUGACAUGUAGUUUAGAAGCAGUGUUAUUGUGAGGGCAGGGCUGUCACAGAUCAGAUCAGAGUCAGAUUUAAUUUGAAGUUCCUGCUGAGUUUCUGUCUCAAUGUAAACAACCAGCCCAGUGCAAGUCAAGUUUUAAGCCACAAAUAACACCAACUUAUAAACCACCAAUAUUCAUUUUCAAAGCUUGGCAUCAAUCUAAUUUACGUAUGAAAUAAGUGGUUUGAAACAAAGAGAUAUUUAAAAUAAAAUCAGUCCAAGUCUUAGAAAAAGUCACUAAUGGUCAAACGUUUCUCUUUGUACGUAACUCAGUAUGGAUUUCAAAUUGUGUUUGGGCUCAGGUCUGACUGUGAAAUAAGCUGCAAUGACUUUUAUUUUGCUGAUGAUUUAUUGACCUAAUGAGGUCAGCGUUGAUGUGAUAUAACUGUUGCACAAUGUCAAUUGUGUGAAAACUGAUUUUUAACUGUUUUUAGUUCAAUAUUAUUGAUUUCCUAGGUAGAAAAGACACCCAUGUCUGUGUUUGCAAACUAUAUCACUACUUACGUUUGGCUGCGGUGGUUUUAAUAUAACUUGUGGUGGGCGUAGAGGAGUAAGGGCCCGCUCCCACAUAUGCAAAUGUUACAGCAGAGAUCAACUUAGAUGAACUUUGCCCCACAAUAUUCGCUUCACGUCAGUGUAUGUGUGAACGUGCCUUUUGACUACAUCAGAUUCAAGGAAAAGGAAGAAGAGAGUUUGCUUAGGAACAAAAUACCUCCUGCCGUGUGUCAUCCAUGACUUUUUUAUAGCACCUGUGUGUAUUUAUAGUGUUUUAUACAGGACCUGUUUUCUUUUGGAUGUGUCUGGGGUGUUAGUCGUGGGAAGGGAACGACUUCAGGUUAUUCAUGUCGAAGUCAUGAAGACCAGCUCACAGGAGAUGAUCAUUUUUAAAAUGAGGGCUUCAUGCAUUUAGCAUGUUCUAACAAGGUAGCAGAGGUGUGCCAAAGCUUCAUUAUUUAUCAACUCAUUGUUUUUUAACACAAAACAUGGGAAUGACUUGAAUGUAUGGUGACCGAGACGUCUCACACAAGCAUAUUAACAGAAAACAUGAAUGCAAAAACCACAUCACAACAGAAAGAGAAUCACAAUGGAAGGGAGCGACAAUGGAUUUUGACAAUGAAAAGUGCAGAGUUACUUUUGUACAGUACAUACGCUCCAUUCCAAGCAGCUAAAUCAUAACACCAAGAGUUUUCACAAACAACUGCUCACUUGACAACAGAAAGUAACUCUGUUGUCGCUCUCAUCUGUUGUGUUGUCACCUUUGCAUUUGUGUUGUCUGUUAACACGGUUGUGUGAGACGUCUCAGCCACCGUAUGAAUGUGAUUUGCUGCUGAAAACGUUUAGUGGCCUUAAGAUCGAAAUUAAUUCUAUGUUGGCUGAUGUGCUUUGUUUGUUUGUUUGGUUUUUAAUGAUCAAAUUUGUGCAGCACCAGUACUUUAUAGACCUCCUAAGUAUCAACUGUGAAUUUCAGCUUCACUUAAAUGAAAAUACAAAGGACUGGCUUUCAUUCCAGCUGCACAUUUUAAAACGGACCUGGGCUCCACCUUUGCUUUAAGUCAGUGUACGUCUUUAGUUGUCUCCUCAUUCUGACUCUAAUUGAACUGUGCCAUGUAGGUGUACAGAUUAGCUGCUACCUCUGAACAUUUUUUGGAAUUCCUUUUCAUUGCCAUCAUUUUUAGGCUUGUCAAAUUUUUCUUUUUGAAAACCUCCCAGCUGAUGCUUUUAAUUUAUUUUGUUUUACAUUGACAACAUGAGGCAUGAGCUUUAAAUGUAUCUUUAAACCAGUAAGUGGUUAGUUGUCAAAGACAACUGUAGUAGUAAAUGUGUCUUUGUGAUUAAACUUCAGUUAAAGCAAAUGAAGAUUUAACAACAACCUCUGUGUAUCUUCUGUAAAAUACACUCACCUGUAUCUGUCACUCUGGUUAAAAUGUAAAGUGCAUUUGUUCUCUGCUUCACCACCAUACAGAGAAGUAGAGCGCUGUCUUUGUGUCUUGGUAAAUAAAUACGUACAUGACAUCCACUGGGAAAA